UUAAAAAUGCCUUCACAUCGCUCUGAAGAACGUGAACGAGAUCGUGACCGAGAACGAAACCGCGACAGAGACCGCGAUAGGGACCGUGAUCGAGACCGUGACCGUAAAUCUACUCGAAAGCGUUCUAGAUCGAGAGAUCGUGAUGAAAGCUCUGAACGGAAACAUAAGCGUUCUCGUCAUCGAGAUCGUGACAGGGAGAAGGACAGGAGCUCUUCACCUCGUGAUCGUCAUUCGUCUACUAAAACGCGUGAGGAAUCUUCUAAAAAACAUAAAUCUUCAAAGCAUUCAAAUCCCAACCCUUCUUUAACCGGCGAGGAAGACGAGGAAAUGAUGAGUGUUAUGGGCUUUGGUGGAUUCAGCACUACAAAGAAUAAGCAUGUUGAUGGCAAUGCUGAAGGAGAAUCAAAGAUUAAUCGGCCGCGUAGAUAUCGCCAAUAUAUGAAUAGACGUGGAGGAUUUAAUCGACCGCUUGAUUAUGUUGCUUAA